CUCCCCACAGUGAAUCCCUGUUGCUAUUUCCCCUGCCAGCACCAAGGGGUGUGCGUGAGGGUCGGCCUGGAGGGGUACGAGUGCGACUGCACACGGACGGGGUACUCCGGGGCCAACUGCACCUCCCCCGAGCUCUGGACGCGCCUCCACGACCUGCUGAAGCCCACCCCUGCCUUCUACCACUUCGUCCUCACCCACUUCAAAUGGCUUUGGGACAUUAUCAAUAGCACCUUCAUCAGGGACACCCUCAUGAGGCUUGUGCUCACAGUGCGUGCCAAUCUCAUCCCCAGUCCCCCCACCUUCAACUCCAAGUACGGCUACAUCAGCUGGGAGGCCUACGCCAACGUCAGCUAUUACACCCGCGUCCUCCCACCCGUGCCGGACGACUGCCCGACGCCCAUGGGGACCAAAGGGAAGCAGCAGCUCCCCGACCCCCAGCUCCUGGCGGAGAGGUUCCUGCUGCGGCAGAAGUUUGAAGCUGAUCCCCGAGGCACCAACUUGAUGUUUGCCUUCUUCGCCCAGCAUUUCACCCACCAGUUCUUCAAGACCUCCGGGAAGAUGGGCCGUGGCUUCACCAAGGCGCUGGGGCACGGGGUGGAUCUCGGGCACCUGUAUGGGGACAACCUGCAGCGGCAGCACCAGCUGCGACUCUUCAAAGACGGGAAGCUGAAAUUCCAG